UUUCGAAAAAGCAUAGUCUUCUGCCGUUGCUUCGGCGAGGUGGUCAAAUACCUAUGUAUUUAUCGUAAAUAUCGUAUGCGCAAUAAUAAAUAAACUUUCGCUAUCGUUGAUGAUCUUGUGAGGGAUAUUUUCGGUUCAUAGUUUGUUUUUUGGUUUUUCGUUUUUUCAACGGCGACUGGAUAUAGUUUCCACACAGAUACGCGUCUACAUAUCCGAUGAUGCGAUUAAAAUUAAUCGUUUUGUGCUGCGCUGUGCUAUCGGUGUUUAAACCGAAAUUCAUUGAAGCCUUUAGCUUGCCGUUCGAGGAUUGCGGUUCAAUUUAUACCGUUGAAGACAUUCGCGUAUCGCAAUGCGACAGACACCCGUGCCGUUUGAAAAUUGGAUCUACGGUGAACGUAACUACGAAUAUUCGGGUUAAAGGAUCAGAAUUCGAUACUUCGAAAGUUAUCCAAAAGGUUUAUUUCGUGGUGAAUAAGAUCAAUCUCUCGGCCAAGGUAACUCCGGAUCCAUGCGCUUCGGUGAAAACUGGACUCGGUCUUCGUGACUUGACCAGUUGUCCAUCGAUGUCCGGUUCGGUAAUAUAUCAGGCAACGCUCACAGUUUCGGAUCUACCACCGCUUCCGGCAACGCUGAAGUGGACUAUAACAGACAAGGCGAACGUAUCACUCAUAUGCUACAAGCUGAGUGUCAUAUUGAGCUUCUGAGACUUUGAUAAGAUUUUACUCGACAAUUUUUCAUCAAUGAUAUACUUGAAUGAAAAUCACGUUUGCAGGUAGAAAAACAAUGAAAGAGUUAUACUUUAUGUUGGGCAAAUAAUACGAACUGCAAUGAUACAUUCAUAUCUUGUGAUAAUCUGUAACGGGCAAAAGAAUAAAGAAAAAUCAUGACAUUUA